AUGAGAGCUUUCCUCCCAUUGUUGUCGCUGGCCUCCGCGGUCCAAGCUCUCCACUUCUACGUCGACCCUGCGACGCCCAAGUGCUUCUUCGAGGACCUCCCUAAGGGUACGCUGGUCGUUGGACACUAUACAGCUCAGGAGUGGGAUGAUCGUUCAGAUGUGUGGCAGGAGCACACGGGUAUCAGCAUUUACAUCUCUGUGGAUGAGUUGUUCGACAAUGACCACCGUGUAGUCUCGCAAAGAGGCUCAUCAUCGGGACGCUUUACGUUCUCAGCUGCUGAGGCAGGCAACCACCGAAUUUGCUUCACCCCCAACUCGAACUCUGGUCGCACUUCAUGGUUGUCCGCCGCCGAAGACCACGGAGGAAUCAAACUUAAGCUUGAUCUCGUCAUUGGUGAGACAAACGAGAUUCACAGCACAGACAAGACGAAGCUUGAAGACAUUACAUCCCGAAUCCAGGACUUGAAUGCCAGGCUUAGGGACGUCAGGCGGGAGCAGGUCUUCCAACGAGAACGAGAAGCCGAAUUCAGAGAUCAGUCGGAGGCCACCAAUGGCCGUGUCAUUCGAUGGAUUCUCAUUCAACUAGCAGUCCUUGGUGUCACAUGUGCUUGGCAGCUCUCCCACCUGAGGUCGUUCUUCAUCAAGCAGAAGCUCACAUAA